AUGACUCAGCCAGAACGUCAAAGCCUCGUUAUAUCUGUAACGAGUGCGAAGUCAUUACCCAAUGUUGAUCCCAAAACGGAUGUGCGUUUAGAAGUGUCUGUGGGCAAGUUGAAGGCCAGGAGCUUGCCUGCACGCACGGAUAAGCAGAAGAUCGUGAAAUGGGAAUUUCUCUGGAAAGAUUAUCCCAAUGCGAAUGAAACUAGCUGUGUUAUCAAGGUCAAGAAGCACAACCAGUUCACUGGCUACAGUCUA